AUGGAACGGGAGAGUGAGACAAAAGGACGCAUGAGCGCUGUGGAGAGACUCGCCGCAAGCAAGCCAAAAUACGUCAAGAGCCAACAAGUGGUGAACUCAAACCAGGAGCCUGUGGUUAGUCUUGGUUCUGCCUCUGUGAGCAGUGCUGGGUCCUCAAGUAAGAAUCUCAUCUCAGAGAGUAAGUCAAAAGUAUGCUCUCAAGCACGAGGGACCAGCUCAAAGAAACGACCAGAUUCUCUUCUGCUUUACAGACAGAAAUGUGACUUACUCAGAGGGUCAGCCAAUGCCCGGAAGCACAACAUAACUCGUAAGGCGCUGCUCAAUUUUAUGAAUAAAAAUGUUUCACUAUCUGAGGCCACAGAGAAGGAAUGCGAGUCUCAGGACAAGAAGGAAAAAAUCACCACACCUGAGGGAACAGCAAAGGAAUGUGGCUCGCAUGUUGUUAUCAUUCAGUCAGAUGACUGGUCAAACGGAGGUGCAAAAGAGGGCAGCGCCAAAGGCAGCGAUUCUGGGACUAAGUUGACAGCUGGUGGUCUCCUUGCAGUUCCUCAGAUUGAAAGGUCUGGCAAGGGGGUCAGUCGUUCUCACUCUGACAUCAGUUCCAGGUACUCCAAAAAUUUUGCAGACUUUGAUGCAUUUUUCAAGUACUGUGGCUUGGAUGGCGAGAUCAUUGAGUCUUUGGGGAAGAAGAACUUCUCAGUAGAGUCUGGUGACAUUAACGUUCGGAGCUUCAGCACAUCCACAUCAGACGAUGGCUUCUCAAGGAACAGUGGUGACAGCGACGGGCUGCUAGAGGAUGAGUUACAUAAAAAGAGAGGCCAGGGAACAUCAGUUAUUGAGCGCAAUGCACGGAUUAUCAAAUGGCUUUACAGCUGCAAAAAUGCAACAGAAACUGGAAAAAAGUUACGAGACCUUAAUUGA